ACUGACCUGAAAGUGCAAAUGUGGCAACUAAUAAAUACCCUACGGUAGCCGCCACAACGUAAAAACUGUCUCAUGAGCGCCGCGUUUUUAUAUGCAUAUACAUAUGUAUAUGUACAUAUGUGUGCGUGUGUGUCUGCUGUGCGUGUGUGAUUGCCCAUCCAUGGAAAUUGUGCAUAAAAGAGCAUACGGUUUACUUUAUAUAAUCCAAAAAGAAAAACUCGAGCUGCCAUCAGCAUUGCUAUUCAUUCAUAAAUUUGAGACAUGCGGUUUUGUCGGUUGUAAAUGCUAGUGUUUCGUGUUUAUUUCGUGCUCACACUACGUAAACUACGCUCUGGUCAAAUGUCCGUCCACCACAAGCUACAAAUGCGGCACCUAAAUACAUGUGUACAUAUGUAUAUAAAUGCAUAUGCAUAAAUAUCUAUUAUCUAUUUGAUUUAGCAACGGCAGCAACAACAAUUUUGUUAUCAACAACAACAUGUAAAUGAAUCAAUUUAACGAACUGUGACAUAUUAUUUAUAAACAGCAAGUGGGAACAACAACCUAUUUUAAGCAAUAUUGUAUGUUAUUACAAUUCUACGUUUUCUUUUUACCGUUCAAUUGCAUUUGUUUGCAUUCGCGCCUUUAACCAAAAAUAAAAGCCUAAUGUGACACAAAUUUUUGUGGCAACAAUAACAAAAUACCAACAACAACAAUACAAGAGAGAAACAAAUAGGAACGACGACCACGACAACGCUAUUUUAAUGCCGUACUAACAACGUAAAAUAAACACAGCAGCAGGAAAAUAAAAAAAAAAUUGAAAAAAAAAUCACUAUAAAAACAAAAAAUACACAACAACAAUAAUAACCUCAUAAAUGUAGCAGCGAAACAGCAACAAUAACAAACGCUCGCUUGUGUGUGUGUUUAUGUGUGUGAAGGAGAGCAGAAGUGAGCGCGGGAGAGCGUGUUGCACACGUUGUUUUGGUUUUUGUGGUCGGCACUGAGAGCGGCCGUGCUCCAGCCGCGAUGGCCUCCUUACAUUCCAGUUGGCGUUUUGGCAAAAGGAGCAAAUUACGCAUUAAAGUUUCCCAAGACCCCGAAGACUAUUAUCGCUUGGAUCCAAAGAAGUUGGCUGCAGAAAAUGCAUACGAUAUAUACAAGAUGCUCUGCUGCCGUGAAACGCGUGACAACAAGCGACUAUUUCUGCUCAAUGAGCUGGCCUCACUAUGUCUGGCUGCGACGACGGGAGCGCCACUCAAUCAGCUGCGGUUCACCACCGAGGAGCUGCUCUACUGCCUGAGCGCCUCGAUGGUUCACACAUUUACGCAGGUUCGGGCGGCAGCAUUGCGUACCAUACGCUACGCGCUGACUACACCCAAGGACAUCAAGGUCUUCAAUUCGUUGCAGCUGCAGCAUCUGCUCUGUCGCUCCAUUGAUCUGAUGCUGAAAAACGAUGAUGAGCGUGUACAGGCGCUGAAGCUGGUGCGGAAGAUGUUGGCCAUCGCUCCGGAGGAUAUUAGUCCGGUGGUGGUUCGCUGUUUGGUCUCGCUGGCGGAUAGUGGAAUUGAGGAGAGUGAUAACUUGUUGCGGGCCUGUCUAGCCACGUUGGCUGAGUUUGCAGUGCUCAAUCCGGCUCUUCUGAUUGUCUGUGGAGGCGUCACAUCGAUCACCCGCAAUGUGCUCGAGUGCCACAAUCCUCGUAUUGCGGAGAGUCUCUGCGGCGUGCUACUCUAUCUGCUGGAAUGGCCGCAUACGCGAAACAUUUGCGGAGUCCGCUUGGACUGCCUGGCGGCGCCGUACUGUGAUUUCACUUAUAGACUGGGCAUCAUGGACAAGAACAAGGAUGCACGCGAAUUGCGUUACACCAGCUGCCGCCUGGCUUUGCUCUCUGUGCUGCGCAGCUGGACAGGCACGCUCGAAUUCUGUGAUCCAAGCAAACCAUCCGGUUUAAAAGCAAUAGUCGAUGCUCUAUAUUUAAACCAAAUCGAAGUCAGAAAAGCAAUAUUGGACUUGCUUUAUCAGUUGCUGUCAUUGCCUCAGCCCGCCUGGACGGAUGACUAUGCUCUGGCACUGCAGGCAGUUGAUCCUUCAGAUUUCCAGGACAGUUGGCUACUAACCAACGGCUUUGUGGCCGCCGAAGGACGCUCCAUACUACCAAGCCUAGCGGCACGUGCGCCCAAUGUUGUGGAGCAGCAUUUGGCGUUGCUGCUUUACUGUUUUUUGGAGACGGGUUUGCUGAAUGCCCUUGUCGAAGUGGCCGUUUCCAGCGAUCAGUUCGUCUCCGUGAGAGCUACCGUCCUCAUUGGCAAAAUAUUACAGCUAAUGCAUACGCAUCUACCGGCGGAUAUAUGCAGCACCAGUCCGGCAUUACCGACGCUCAUCGGACACGCCACGAAGGGCAAUCAGCAGGCCAAUGCGGCGGUGGCUGCUUUGCAGAAUUACCAAAAAAUGCUACGCCAACGACCGGCGUCGUGUAGCAUGUUUUUAGAUAGUAUUAUACAGGGUGGUGCCCUCAUACACACUCGCCUGUUUCGCCGGAAUAUCAAUGCGCAGGAGCAGGGAAAUGCGCUUAGUCUGCAGGAAUUGGCCGCAGCGGCUUCAGCACCCAUGUCUUCGGGCAUGAACGUCACAAUGGAGCGACAACGGCUUGACUCUGUUUCGUCCAAUGAUGAACCAAGUCCACAAACCUCGAAUCCGCUACGCGCUAGCUUUCGUCUGCGGCACAAACUUAUGCCGAAUGUGUUCUUCGACACAUAUCGAUCCUUCAAUCGGCUGCUAACAGAGUCCAAUGUAUUGGUGCAGACCGAUGCAAAUGCCUGGGACUGGGAGGUAGUUAGCACCAUACUAAGAUCGAUUUUAUUGCGAAAAGUGGACUAUACAGUCAGCAAAUUCCUCAAUAAAUUCCUAAAACGACUGGUUGACUACUUUAAGCCGAGCAACAAUCGUUUCUCACAUCAGGACUUAAUGGCAGGACAUACGGUGCCUGCCUAUGUAACCGCUGGUCUGAAUCUUAUCGAUGUGCUGGUCAACAGCAAUGAGUUGGAGUGCAUGCGGUUUAUCACCGACUACUUCUCAGAUAUUGGCCAACAUCUGCAGGCCGUGACUACCUCGAAUCGUGCCCACGAUUGCCUCUUCAGUCCGCAGCAUAUGAACAACACAAUGUGUCAGCAGUAUUUCCUAUUUAUUGGACGCAUGUGCCGCACCCAGAAGGGCAUUAAUAUAUUAGAGAAUACAACUGUAUUUAAAUACCUCAAAACACUUGUGCGCCACACGGAUCAUGUGUGUUACGUGAAGCUCAUCGUGUCUGGCCUUAACUAUAGCUAUGAGAAGGAGCCACGCGAAGUGCUAAAAAUGGCGCUGACCUCGGCAAAGACGCGCAGCGGACGUCUCUAUGCCACACAGUUCCUCAGCGUGCUCCUACGCGCCCGUCUGCCCAACUUCGAGGUCUGGGGCAUUCCGCUUAUCAUUGAACAGGCCCAGGAUGCGGAUCGCAGUGUUGUGCUCGCCGCCAUGGAUGUGCUCGAGGAGGCAUGCCAUGAGAAAUACUAUUUAGAGGAGAUCAUUAGUCUGUGGCCUAAUCUGAAGCAUUUGGGCGACGUUGGCCGUCUGGUAAUGUCCCGCUACUACUCGCUGCCGCGUGGCAUGAACAACAGCAAGGCGCGCGUCAAAGAGGAAAUCGAAUACUGGCGCAAUGGCUAUAACAAACGAUACGUGCUGCUUGUGGAGGCUGACACCCACGCGAGUCUAACGCUGCACGUGCGGAACGAGGAUGGCUACUAUUCUCGACGCAAUUGCAACACACGACCCACGGUGGUGCCACCGAACAUUGCGCCACAUCUGUACGGCCAAAUGGUGCAAACGGCUCAGGGAACGACAGCAUUGCGCAAGCACGGCGAUCUGCCCCAACUGGUGGAGCUUGUCAGUCGUGGCAAAUGCACGGAUGAGGCCGAGUGCCUCGAAUUAAAGGCGGCCAUUUGGGCAGUCUCCCAUGCAUCCACACAUGCCAACGGCAUCGAAUAUUUUGUCGAAAUUGGCGCUCAUCUGUACGAAAAGCUUGUACUGUUGGUGACGAAAUGCGAGGUGUAUUCGGUGCGAGCGACAUGUUUCAGCGCUUUAGGCCUUAUAGCGGGCACACAGUCUGGCGCCAAUAUACUCUUCAAACUAAAUUGGCUGAGCGUGCGUCACGAUCGAAACACUAUGUGGCCGGUGCAUCAACCUGAAGACUGGAUGUCUAGUAAUUAUACGCCUGUGCGCCAUCAUUACGAGGAUAUGCCGCCGUACAACUAUACGGGCAUUGAGGAUCAAAUCGAUGGUUCCUAUUAUACAGGCAGCUAUUGGAAUUUGCACAGUACAGGGCAUGGUAAGGGUGCUGUCGCCUUUGGGCCUGCCACGAGUGCCAGCUCGGAGUUGCAGGAUGCGAACACGACUACGGAGAGUCUGCGUGGCAUAGAUGAGUUGCCCACGUCGAAGACCCUGGCGUGCAGUGCCACGGCGGCGAGAUCGAAAACUCUACCCGAAGGCACUCAUCUGCGUCCUGGAAAGCAUCAGCGUUCGCUUUCCGAGUCAAAGACAACAGAUGUAAUUAGCUUAAUCGGUGGCAAUGUGAACGCCUAUCCAGUAUUUUUCCCCUUUCAACAUCGCAUCCGUGUCAACUCUUGCACCGACUCCAAUACGUCCGGCGUAAGCAGUUGUGAAUCCGUAACGGGUCGCACAGCUGCUGCCAAUAUGGGCGACUUUCCACAAUUCCCCCUAAGUCCCAUACCUAGCAUAUCGAAUCUACUGGUGCUGCCCACUUUGAAGGACAAACUACUGCGUCGCACCUCACUGCUCGGUACUAGCUACCUUCAGCAUGCGCUCAGUCCAUUGGGCAUGAAGGGCUAUGCCCAACUACGUCUUUUGCGAGCUCACAGUCGUCCCGUCUUCAAUGAAUCGGCGGCCAUUCUCUAUGACAUCAUCGACAUCAAAGAUCGCGAGAUGCGUCCCCGCAAAUCCUCGUGGGGCGAGUCGCAGCGACGGACAAAGGUGCGCAGCCUCGACCGUCAGGCGUUCCUCAAUGUGUUCACACUUUCGGAACAGCCUCAAGUGCCGCUACCAACACUGAAUGCCCCAAAGUUCCUCUCACAGAACGACCUGAAAGGUCCCUGCUAUGCGGGCAUUUGUCUGCCGAAGAACGCGCUCGAUUUGUUUCCUACACGCAAUCUGACGCGCACCUAUGUGUCGCGAGACAUACAGGAUCAGGAUCUGGUUGGCAUCAAUCUGUUGACGGCAAAGCAACAGUUUCUCAACGACUCCUUGAACAACGAGGGCGGGGACGAGUCUUCGGUGAUCUCCUCGCUGUCGGACGUGUCUUCGGUGAGUAAGCGUCAGACGAAAUGGCAUCAGAAUGCCAAACACGGACGAAAUCAGUGUCUGCAUUGCACGCGUGCUCGCCGCCAAUUGCGAGUGCAUGCGUUGCGUCAAGAUGGCCAGGAGGGGGGCACCGGCACCAAUGGAGGGGCAGGGACAGGGCUUUGCGAGCUCGCGUCGCUUUUUGCUUCUGGCAUUCGUCGACAGGGCUCUCAGCAGCAGCAGCAUACAACAAACAGCGGUAAACAUCACCAGAUGGGGAAUGCGACAACGGAAAGCAACUCCACCAUACAGCUCUCUGACAUCUCGUUCAACUCACCAGAAAGUAUUCUAAGCGAGGAGAGUCUGCCAGAUCGACUGACCGCCUCUAUACUGUACAAUGUGCAGAGAUUGGCGAAUCCUGUGAGCGCCAAGCAAUCGAAAAUGUCGUUGCUGGAACUGAAACAGAAGCAUCCGAACGCCUUUCAGGACAUCUGCCUGUACUCGGAGUCGUGUAAGGCGCUGGGACGUAGCAGUUAUCGGAUGAGUGCACGCCGUUUCCUGCAGGAGCUCUUUCUCGACCUCAAUUUUGAUGCAUUCUAUACGGAGCCGCAAGAAAUUAUCGCCAAAAAGUCCAAGCAUGGCAGCGAACUCGACACCCAAGACUUGCGCGGAUAUAAUCCGAUGGCCGUACCGCCAGUGGUUGGACCAGGUUCUAGCUAUCCGAUACUGUUACCCUUACCGCCAACCCAACCACUGGGGUUGCCCCACAAGACACAGCUGAAGUCGAAACCACUGGCCAGCGUUUACGAGACCAGCUGGGAAAAUCUGCUAAUGGAACAAUCGCCACGACUGAGCAAAAUGCAGAUCCCUCGCAACUUACAGAAAUAUCUGCAUGCGACGUCGAGUAAAUACAAUACAGCGGAUGAUGAUGAGAGCGAUGCAAACAAUAACGACGAAAGCGAUACGGGUGAGGAUGUGUGCGAUGGCAGCGGCAGCGGUGCCGGCACCCAAACCCCCAACGUAAUCAUCGCCACAGUGGUGCCCGUCACCGAACAAAGUGUCAGCGAUCAGACAACCAACAGCAAUCGCAGCAGCGUCUGCACCAUCAGUCUGCAGCCGAGCGGACACUCUGGCGAAGCCGUCGCAGCCACAGCAACAACGCCCAAGAUAUCGGCCAUGCACAAUGAGAACACACAGUUUGCGCGUGGACGUUUCUAUACGCUCGAGCUGGAUCUGAGCUGCACCAAAAACAAGUUCCCCAUCACCGAUCGCACACGUCGCCUAACAACAGGAGAAGAGCGCGUAAGAGCAGGCCAUGGGAAGGGUCCCUUUCCAGACAUAAUAGAUCUAAUGGAGGAGACCAUAUCAAGGGAUCUCAGCGCACCCACAUCUGCGCAGCUCUGCCACAGCAACGAAUCCUCAUUGCAAUUCUCAAAUGUGACAAAAUCCCUGGCCGCCUCCAUGGCCAAGCCAGUGGGCAGUUUAUAUUGCGAGAAACGUCUCCAGAGCUCUAAGUCUGAGGCAGUCCUGGCCUGUGGCAAUGCACCGCACGUCAAAUGGAAAGCUAACACCACAGCGCCGACGUCAAAGCCAGCGGCCUCGUAGACCAUCAUCCUAGAGCUCCCUAAAGCUGUUUCCAACCAUUUUCAUUGUAUUUUCACAGCCCUUUUAUAUUUUAGUUUCGUUGUUGUUAGUUUAUUUCCAAGCAGCACAGUGAUUGGAUAGAAUAGGUAGGGAUCUUACGAGGGGGAGCAGUACAGAAACAAAACAAAAAAUAAUAAUAAUAAUCUGAAGAGUAUACAAACAAAUGCAACCGCUAAGCAAUUUUAGAAACGUAUGCAAGUGUAUUUAUGUAUGUAUGUAUAUUAUAUAUGUAUGUAUGUACUAUAUAUGUAUGUCUUUUUCGAUUUGUUGUUCUAUUCAAUAUUUUCUUUCCAUUUCAUUUUCUCUUCUGUGUGUGUAAACGAAUUUACUUUCCAACAAUAGUGUUUCCAUUCAAAACGAAAUGCAAAGUUAAAGACAAAAUGUAAAAGUAAACGUUGUAUGUGUGUGUGUAUGUGCGAAACGAACAAUAAAAGCAAAAUAUAAGGCAUAAGGGUUUAAACUUUAAACAAAUGAAUAGAAACAGCCAAACUGCGAUAGUUCCGUAAGUCUAAAGCAAAAAUAAUAAACAUUAACAAUAACAAGAGAAUUGUAAGAAAAAGAAAAAACAAUUAUAAAAGGCAUUGAAAACAACGGUUUUUUUACACAUUAGGGUACCAUAUGGAAUUAAAUAAAAUUAAAAUAUUAUUCAAAGAAAAAAUUAUGGAGAGAAGGAGAACAUGAAGAGAGGGAAGAACCACAACACACAUUUAUAUUAGUGAUAGAAAUAAUAAUAUAAGUUUAUCGCACUACUUUUUAUUAUUACUUUUUACUUAUAUGAAUGUAUCAUAACAUUUUUUUUAUUGCUAUUAACUCUUAAGGUAUACCAAAAUCCAAAAAAUAUUGUUUAAUUUUAUAUGAAUAAAUGCAGGAGAUGCAACAACAACACAAUAUUUAUAUUUACCAACUAUUGGAAAAGAGACGGUAAAAGCGAAAAAUGGAAAUAAGCAUACCCAAAAGCAAAAUCAACAAAAACCACCGCAAUUCAUUUACUCAAUUGUACUUAAAACAAUUAAUAAACAACACUUACCAACUAUUCAAAUAAACAAAGAAUUAGUUAUCAAAUCA